AUGGCGGGAGUACAGAAAGUACGUCUCAAUAAUUUAAAUAUAAACUUAAAAAAUGCUCUCAUUGUCGGUAUUAUUAUAGCAAAAAACAGUCCUCGUACAAUAGGUUCUAAGAAGAAAAACGGAGAAUCCAGGGGAGUGACAUCUUUUACUUUGAGAGAUUCAGAAGUUGAUACUAUCAAUGUUGAUGUUUGGGGAUCCGAAUAUUAUGUAGUAACCUUUUAUGAAAGAUUUCUCGUCGGUGAUGUUGUGGAAAUCACUUCCCCUAAGCUGUGUAUAAAAGGAGGCGAUUAUCACAAUUUCAGACCUCAGGUGUCUUCGCCGUUCUACCUAUCUUUGAAUGAGGGUGUGUCAGACGUUACCAUUCACAGCGGUGACACGUUCGGUGCAUUCCUACCUCUGCUGCAUAUCCCUUCAAAACCAGCAGCGGGCUAUUGCGGCCUUGCUGAAGUUAUGAAACUAGAAGAGAAUGCAAACGUUUACGUGGAUUUAUUAGUCGUCGUUAAAACGGUAAAACCUACCAAAAUGAUCAAGACCAAAACAGGAGUCGACGUGUGCGUCCGAACUGUGGAAAUAAUGGACAACACUACUCCUGCCACAGUCAUGUUGGAUAUGUUCGAUAUUGAUACCAUACAAAGGGCAGAAGAAUGGCGUGCCCUCGAAAGUGUUCUUUUCGUAGCAGACGCGAAGGUGACCUGGCGAGGUAAAGCAGUAAAGGUUCAGGUAUGCGCCAAAAGCGUUGUCACCCAUCAGCCGCACACCGCUGAUGCUGAGGCUUUAAGACUUUAUACGAGAAACCAGGCAAAUACACGUGGUGGAGAAGCAGCCGCCUGGGCAGCGUGGAGUGGGGAACGAACGUACGCAGCUUCCGUAGCGCAGAUUCGGGACCGACUAGCAACCGGCGCGCCAUUUUGUGCUUCUCUCCACGCUUUACUUACUCAUCUCGACCUGAAUGAACUCGUUAUCACUACCGAUAACGCUGAAGAGUUACGAGUUAGAUUCGCAGAUCAUACUGGAGAACUAAAUGCACGUCUUCCGAUCAAUAUACUUGAGCAAACGUUAGGUUACACGAUAGACCAGUUGAAAGCGAUGACAUCAGAAGACAGAGCAGCUAUUCGUUGGCGGAUACUCCUAGAACAAUGCUGCGCGAAACUUGCAGGGUCCCCGCCAAGGCUACUGGUGCUGGCGCUGCGACGAGCUUCGCCCGCUGAUCCUAUUCCUUUAUAUUAGUUUUUCUAUUUUUCAUAGUAUACGUAAGCCUUCAUGGACGUAAUGUUUAAAUUGUCUACUGCGUUUGCCAAAUUAUACAUUUUGUUUGUUAUUCUGCCCUCCUUAUUACAACUAAUGUAAUCUAAUUUUUAGAGAAUUCGAGUUGUUAACAUAUCUGGAACCAGCGAAACGAGAUCUACAACCCCCUAUAUGCGGUUUUUUUACUUUCAGUUUUAUUGUUAAAGGGAAAACAUUUUAGGUUUCAAUACCUCGAAGUUUCCAAAAUGCAAAGCGUUAUGACAAGGACGGCAAUGUUCUAAUCGUAAGGAGUAGGUAAUUAUAUACCCGC